AUGUACGAGCCUGAUUCAUAUCCUGAGCGCGGAAGCGCGUGCCUCAGGCACACCCGCAGCCGCCCUGCGACACCUACUGGAGCCAGUGGUCCUGAGAUACCCACGGCCAAUGUUCGUGUCGUGUGCCGCAUUCGUCCAAUGAACGAGCGCGAGAAGAAGGCAGGUGCCACGCCAGCAGCCACAGCUUCAACCGAGCGCAAAGAAGUUGCUGUGGUACGAAUCUUAGCUGGUGGUACUCGCCAGGUAAGAUCCACUUUUCACUUCGACGAUGUGCUCACUUCCUUCAGCUCGCAAGAAGAUGUCUUUCGAGCAACCCUGCAACCACUAGUGGGGCAAGUUUUAGCUGGCUACGAGACCACUGCCUUUGCGUAUGGACAGACUGGUACUGGCAAAACGUACACGAUGGAGGGCCAACUUGAUUCUGCCGAAGGCCGCGGCUUGGUGCCUCGCACAGCAGCAGCCGUUUUGGAAGCCUUGGCCACCUCAGAAUUCACUGACAGCUCUGUCACGGUAUCCUAUCUGGAGAUUUACAAUGAGGAGCUGAGUGACCUCCUCGCUCCAACAGAUCGGCAUCAGAAGUUGGAUUUGAAGGAUAUCGGAGGUGGCCGAGGAGUGUGUUGCCAAGGCCUAUCAGAAGUUCCUGUUCAUUCCAUGGAUGACAUCCUCGAGGUGGUCCGCAGAGCACAAGAAAAGCGACGGGUCGCUGAGACUCGUGUGAAUGCGCGCAGCAGCCGAUCGCACAGCAUUUUCACGAUGAAGGUGCGAUGCCAGCGAGCCGUGGCGGGCGGAGAGCUUGAAAAUCAGGGUAAAUUGCACCUGGUGGACCUGGCGGGCAGUGAGUGUGCCAAGAAAGGUGGCCUCAUUUAUCCCGAGGAUGUUUCUGCUUCAGCCCGACUCCUGGCGGGACAAGAAGAAGAGCGCGAGCGGCGUUCCAUCAAUCAGAGCCUCCUGACGCUGGGACGUGUGAUCACUGCGUUGCGGGAGGUGCGAAAGGGACUGAAGGGAGGAUGCAACGAGGAAGCAGAGGAAUGUCGUUUGAGAGGAAAUGAACUAUUGAACAAAGGUGACUUUGCCGAUGCUGUCGCUGAAUACGACAAGGGUUUAGUGGCUUUACUGUCUGCAAAGGGUGAACAAGACGAUGGAGGCGCUGCCAUCGCACAUCUGCGCGCGGCUCUUCAUUUGAAUGCCUCCCUGGCACAUCUGCGUCGUGGGAACUUGGCCAGUGCUAUCGACCAUGCCACGGGCGCCUUGGCUGUGGAGCCCAAGACACCGAAGACGAGUGCCAUGGAGUCCAAGGCUUUGUACCGUCGAGGCAUGGCGAGGAAACAACUGGCGGAGUACCAAGGAGAGUCCCUGGCUGGACUGGCACAGGAGGACUUUGAAAGAGCUCUGCAGCUGGAUCCACAGAAUCGGGAGGUGCGGACUCAGUUGCAACAGUUGCGCGAACAGUUGAAGGAUGAGCGAAGGAUCCUCAAGGAGCACUUUCAAUCCUCUGGAUUUCGCAACAUCUUCUCAAAGCAACUGUAUGAAACAGAGGUUCCGAAGCCUGUGGUGAGGGAGACCAGUGGAAAGGACAAGUGUUUGCUUGUUUCAACAUCUUCCCUGAACUUUGACUAUUCCGGUGACUCAGUUCUCAAGAGUGUGGACCUGGAGCUGAGGGAAGCUUGGUGCGUAGGCUUGGUCGGUUUGAAUGCCUCGGGGAAGACCACUCUGGCUCGUUUGCUGAAAGAUCAAUUGAAGCCUCGUUCUGGCAUGAUUCAGCAUCAUGGACUCAGUCAGACACCACAGAGGAGUCCAUGGACCAUACUUGCAGUUUUGGUGGUGUUGCUGGGAAUCGUCAUUCAAGUCUACAGUUCCUCUUCAGUUUCAUGGCGACAAUCUGCCAGACUGGGGGGUUUUGUGAGUCUUGGCAUUGUGGGCGCUUGCUGCCUCCUGACCGCCUUCUACUGCGGAAGGCCGGCCACACCGAAGCAUUUGGUGCUGCACUUGUCUAGUGAGACUUCUGACAAGGACAUCAUCAAACCAAGCCGGACCAUCGCUUCAGUGAUUGGAGAUAGCCUCCCCAAGAACAUGGCGCCCACAGAGCGCCAGGAGAAAGUGAUUUCGAUGCUUCAGGCAGCGGGAUUUCAGAUGUACAAUCAAGAAACCGGUGAGCCCGUUGGAUCUCCAGCUGAAUAUGUUCGGGAUGGACUGACCUUUGAAAGACUCUCAGGGGGACAAAAACAUCUCAUUUAUGUCCUGAUGUAUUUUGCCAAGUGCUUGGCUUCGCCACAUCGGGUCUUGUUGGUCUGUGAUGAAGUCCUGGGUGGGCUGGAUGCCAUUCGUCAACCUCGAGUUCUGCGCAUGCUGAAGCAGCUUCAAGUAGAACUGAAGGUUGGAAUGCUUUACAUCACAACGGAGCUGCAUCAAAUCCACAUUCUCGCAGAUGACCUGGCAUUUUUGCAGGAUGGCAUCAUUUGUGAACUGGGCCCGGCAGCAGAUGUUCUGAAUCUGCCCAAACAUCCUGCGACCAAAGACUAUGUCUCGCAGUUUCGUGGGUUGCCGGGUGGCCAGCACUUUGGUGGAAAACUGGCCGAGAGCUACGAGAAGUUGUCAAGUGAUGUGCCCUUGAGCAGGUGGCUGUCCUGA